AUGGCACUCUUACCUCUCGCGUUGCUUCCUCGGCGACUGGCUCGUCGUGCAGCCUCCUCGUACAAUAACUGCUCCUUAUUGCUCGUCGCCCGAGGUAAAAAAUCGACGAGGACGAGCAGCAGCAGCAGUAUAAGCAGCAGUAGUUGCUGCUCCUUGGCUGUUUCUGUUAGAAGAGCAAAUUUUGCCUCCGCUUCUUAUUCUUCUUCUGACAAUACUACUACUACUACUACUACUACUACUAUUCACUGCCCCAUUGCGGAAGAGCUUGAUCGAGUCAUCGGUCUGAGAACGAAAAACAACAGCAGCAGCUGGGUCGUCGAAUCGAACGUCAGCGCCUUGCACUCCAAGUACGAUGAACUGUCCAAAGAGGAUAAGGCCAAAUUCCUCUCUUUGCUCGCGACUCGGCACGCCGUCGAUCAUGACAGAAUAUGCGAGCUGUCAAAAAAACUCGCGUGCACCGAGCCGAGCAGCCUCAAUCGACUCUUGACCAGAGAAAAAGCCUUGAAGGAUGCACUUCAGCCGCCCUAUCAUUGGUUCUUCGCGAGAGUCGGCCGACUCAAGGACGGUGUCAAGUUCCUCGUUGAUAUGAGAGCUAAUCUUUUGGAAACUAUGAAUCAAUUGCCCAGAGAUUCCAGUGAUCUACUCAUGCUUGGUCAAAUGGAUGCAACAUUGAAAGAACUGCUCUUUUUAUGGUUUUCUGUGGGAUUUCUCAAAAUUGAAAGAGUUACAUGGGAAACUCCUUGUGAUAUUUUACAAAAAGUCUCCGAUUAUGAAGCCAUACAUCCUGUAAGAAACUGGACUGAUUUAAAAAAACGUGUUGGACCUUACAGACGAUGCUUUAUAUUUACUCAUCCAUCAAUGCCCAGGGAGCCUUUAGUUGUUUUACACACAGCUUUAUGUGACAUUAUUCCUGAAAGUGUAAAGGGGAUUGAAGAAUCUGAAAAACGAAUACGAGAAAAGGCUGGCAACAAAAAAAACAUUGAAGAUGAAACUAAUAUAAAAGCUGCCAUUUUCUACUCAAUUGCAUCUACUCAAUCUGGAUUACAGGGAAUUGAACUUGGAAAUUAUUUAAUAAAACAAGUUGCAAAACAUAUAACUACAGAAUUCCCAGAAGUAAACCAAUUAUCUAGUUUAUCACCCAUCCCUAAUUUCAGAGUUUGGCUUUUGGACAAGAUGAAAAGGGAUGUAAAUACAAUAUUUACUGAGAAGGAACAAGUAACUUUGAAAAAUGUUCUGGGUUUUGAUGAAAAUUCUAAUAACAGUAGCAACAACUUAUAUACAGAAAUGAAAAAAAUUUUCAAUAACUCUUUGUGGUCAAAUAACAAACAAUUGACAGAUAUUUUAAAAGAGCCUUUACUGCGUUCUUGUGCAUGGUAUUUAUUUAAAGAAAAACGUAGGAAUUAUGCUUUAAAUGGUGUUGCAAACUUUCAUUUAAAAAAUGGAGCAGUAAUGUGGAGAAUAAAUUGGAUGGCAGAUCCAACUCCUAGAGGAAUGGCAAACAGUUGUGGCAUUAUGGUCAAUUACAGAUAUUAUUUAAAUGAAACAAAAUCAAACAGUACAAAUUACAUUGAAAAUUUUUAUAUAAAAGCUUCUGAGGAUAUAGAUGAGUUAGCCAAAAAAGCUGAAAAAAUCAUGAUAUCUUCAAAUCAAAGUGUAUAGCAAUAAAGAUUUUAUUACUUAUUA